UUUAAAAAGCCACGCUAGAAAUCCACUAUAACAGCGAUUUUAAUAAUGGCGGAACUGUGGCGGACGCCUCAGUUCUUCUACGACUUUUGAGAUUAGUUGUUGAACUCCUAUCUUAACACCAAUCAAAAAUGGAUGAGCUUCCACCAGAACAAAUUGCUGUCCUCCGUAAAGCUUUCGAAGCUUUCGACAGCCAAAAAUCCGGCAGCAUCCCAUGCGACAUGGUAGCCGACAUCCUCCGCCUCAUGGGUCAACCCUUCGACAAAAAGAUCUUAGAAGAACUCAUUGAAGAAGUCGAUGCUGACAAAUCUGGUCGUCUUGAAUUUGAAGAAUUCGUCACUUUGGCCGCCAAGUUCAUCGUUGAGGAGGAUGAUGAAGCCAUGCAAAAGGAACUUAAGGAAGCCUUCAGGUUAUACGACAAAGAAGGAAACGGUUACAUUCCCACAUCAUGUCUGAAGGAGAUCUUAAGGGAACUGGACGACCAGCUGACACAAAAGGAAUUGGACAUGAUGAUUGAGGAAAUCGAUACUGACGGCUCUGGAACCGUGGACUUUGAUGAAUUCAUGGAGAUGAUGACUGGUGAAGUUUAAACAACCUACAAGAAAACAACAUGUUGUGCUGAAGUCCAAAGUGCAUUUUUAUUAUUUAAUAAAAUCUACAAUAUAUAUGAACAGAAUAUGUUACAUAUAACAAAAUAUUUAUUUUAAUUACAAACCUAUUUGUAUAAAUUUAUUUCAUAAAUAAAUAUAAUUUUAAAAUUUCAA